AUGGCGUCCCCUUCGCGCAAUUACUUUACGUCUCCAUCAACUGACCCCGCGGAAAUAGCUCGCUCCAGGCAAAACUCAGAGGCUAUGGGCAUGCACGGUCUCGUAGACCGCGACUUGCCAGAGCCUUGUGCUGUUGAUAGUGAUCCAGCCAACCGCCAUGGGUCCCCGAGCAUGAGUAGUACUUACAGCAAGAUCUCAGACAGAUACCCUCCUCAUGAAGAAAAUGGCCGCAUGUAUCAUGGUUUCCGGAAAGGAGUCUACAUGUUGCCGUGCGACGAACAAGAGCAGGAUCGCCUCGACAUCUUCCAUAAGCUCUUCACGGAAGCGCGAAAGUCGGACGGUCUGAUAUACGCACCGCACCCGUCAGAUGGGCGCUUCUUGGACCUGGGAUGCGGAACGGGCAUCUGGGCCAUCGAUGUGGCCCACAAGUAUCCGCAAGCUCAGGUGGUCGGCGUUGACCUCGCGCACAUCCAACCCAGCAAUCACCCGCACAAUUGCCAAUUCUAUGCGCCAUUCGACUUCGAGGGCCCCUGGGCCUUGGGAGAGGAUUCAUGGGACCUCAUUCAUCUUCAGAUGGGCUGUGGUAGCGUCAUAAGCUGGCCGAACCUAUACCAAAAAAUAUUUGCCCAUCUUGCACCGGGCGCUUGGUUCGAGCAAGUGGAAAUCGACUUUGAGCCACGCUGCAACAACCGUCCUUUGAAAGAUCUGGCUAUUUGGCAUUGGUAUGAUUACCUGAAGCGAGCAACUCAGGAGACGAUGCGACCAAUAGCCCACAAUUCCCACGAAACCAUUAGACACCUCGAGGAAGCAGGCUUCACCCAGAUCAAUCAUCAGAUUGUGGGCUUGCCUUUGAACCCUUGGAUUCCCGAUAAGCACGAGAGCAAGGUUGCUCGUUGGUACAAUCUGGCGAUUUCGGAGAGCAUCGAGACUCUUAGUCUGGCCCCAUUCCAUCGGGUUUACAACUGGCCUGUGGACAAAAUCCAGCGCUUCGCGGAGGAAGUGAAAUCGGAAGCCUUCAACCCCGAUAUCCACGCCUGGAAUCUUUUGCAUAUCUACCAAGCGCGAAAGCCCCUUCCGAAUUGA